AUGUCAAUGUUUCAUAAAUUUCUAACCCAGCUGACAAAGUUCUACAAUUUGUUUUACCGAGAUGACAUAAUUCCAUGCCGUGAUGACAAAACUUCAAGCCGAGAUGAUAAGUUUUUGAACAUUUCGAAUCAAGAUGGGAAAAUUCCAUACCGCGAUGAUCAAAUUUUAUGCCGUGAUGAGAAAACAACUUGCAGAGAUGAUGACACUUUGAAAGUUUCAAGUCGUGAUGACAAACUUAUUUGCCGAGAUGAUAAAGCAUUUAAUUCAAUUUUAUGCCGUGAUAACAAAACUCACAAAAUUGCGUGCCGAGAUGAAAAAACAUUCAAAAUUGCAUCCCGAGAUGACAAAAUUCUUUAGAAAUUUAUUUGCCUAGAUGACA